UGUGAAUACCUCAAACUUGACAAGUGGCUCACAGAUAAAAUUCGAGAGCAUGGAGAGCCUUUUAUCCAGGCGUGUAUGACUUUUUUAAAGAGACAGUGUCCUUCUAUUUUGGGUGGACUUGCCCCAGAGAAAGAUUAGCCCAAAAGUGCUCAGCUUCCUCCAGAAACUCUGGCAACAAUGUUGGCCUGUGUACAAGCUUGUGCAGGCAGUGUUUCUCAGGAGUUAUCAGAAACCAUCCUCACCAUGGUAGCCAAUUGCAAUAAUGUUAUGAACAAGGCCAGACAACCACCACCUGGAGUUAUGCCAAAAGGAUGCCCUGCUAGUGCUAGCAGUUUAGAUGCCAUUUCUCCUGUUCAGAUUGACCCUCUUGCUGGAAUGGCAUCUCUUAGUAUAGGUGGUUCAGCUGCCCCUCACACCCAGACUAUGCAGGGCUUUCCUCCAAACUUGGGUUCUGCAUUCAGUACCCCACAGUUACCAGCAAAAGCAUUUCCACCCCUUUCAACUCCAAAUCAGACAACUGCAUUCAGUGGUAUUGGAGGACUUUCAUCACAGCUUCCAGUAGGUGGUCUUGGCACAGGCAGCCUGAUUGGUAUAGGAACUGGGGCUCUUGGACUCCCUGUGGUGAAUAAUGAUCCUUUUGUACAGAGGAAACUGGGCACCUCUGGACUGAACCAGCCUACAUUCCAGCAGAUGGACUUGUCUCAGGUGUGGCCAGAGGCAAAUCAGCACUCUAGUAAAGAGAUAGAUGAUGAAGCAAACAGCUAUUUCUAGAGAAUAUAUAAUCACCCACCACAUCCAACCAUGUCUGUUGAUGAGGUAUUAGAAAUGCUCCAGAGGUUUAAAGAUUCUACCAUAAAGAGAGAACGAGAAGUAUCUAACUGUAUGCUAAGGAACUUGUUCGAAGAAUAUCGGUUCUUCCCCCAGUACCCUGAUAAAGAUUUACAUAUAACAGCCUGCCUGUUCGGUGGGAUAAUUGAAAAAGGACUGGUCACUUACAUGGCACUAGGUUUGGCCCUACGAUAUGUUCUUGAAGCCUUACGCAAGCCUUUUGGAUCCAAAAUGUAUUAUUUUGGGAUUGCUGCACUAGAUAGAUUUAAAAAUAGAUUGAAGGACUAUCUCCAGUAUUGUCAGAACUUGGCUUUGAUCAGUCACUUUAUGCAAUUUCUACAUCAUUUGCAGGCGUAUAUCAAGUAUGGACAGCAAUCUAGAGAUCCUCCUGUGAAAAUGCAGGGCUCUAUCACAACCCCUGGAAGUAUUGCACUGGCUCAAGCCCAGGCCCAGCCCCAGGUUCCAGCAAAAGCUCCCCCUGCUGGUCAGGUUAGCACUAUGGUAACCACCUCAACAACCACCACUGUUGCUAAAACAGUCACCAGGCCAACUGGAGUCAGCUUUAAGAAAGAUGUACCACCUUCUAUUAAUACUACAAAUAUUGAUACAUUGCUUGUGGCCACAGAUCAAACUGAGAGAAUUGUAGAGCCCCCAGAAAAUAUCCAAGAGAAAAUUGCUUUUAUCUUCAACAACCUCUCCCAGUCAAAUAUGAUACAAAAGGUUGAAGAACUAAAGGAAGCUGUGAAGGAAGAAUUUAUGCCUUGGGUUUCGCAAUACCUGGUUAUGAAGAGAGUCAGUAUUGAGCCAAACUUUCACAGCCUGUAUUCAAACGUCCUUGAUACGCUGAAGAAUCUUGAAUUGAAUAAGAUGGCUCUGAAUGAGACCUUUAGAAACAUCAAAGUUCCCCUGACCUCAGGUAAAGCUGCAGCCAAUUCCUCUGAUCAUUCUUUGCUGAAGAACUUGGGACGUUGGCUAGGAAUGAUCACACUAGCUAAAAAUAAACCCAUCUUACACACUGACUUGGAUGUAAAAUCUUUGCUGCUAGAGGCUUAUGUUAAAGGACAGCAAAGGUUGCUCUACGUGGUCCCCUUUGUUGCCAAAGGCUUAGAAUCUAGCACUCGUAGCAUGGUUUUUAGGCCGCCUAACCCCUGGACAAUGGCAAUUUUGAAUGUAUUAGCUGAGCUACAUCAGGAGCAUGACUUAAAGUUAAACUGGAAGUUUGAGAUUGAGGUCUCCUGCAAGAAUCUUGCAUUAGACAUCAAUGAGCUAAAACCUGGAAACCUCCUAAAGGGUAAAGAUCACCUAAAGAACUUAGAUGAGCAACUCUCUGCUCCAGAGAAAGAUGUCAAGCAGCCAGAAGAGCUCCCUCCCAUCACAACCACAACAGCUUCUACAACACCAGCUACCAGUACCACCUGUACAGCCAUGGUUCCACCACAGCCACAGUACAGUUACCACGACAUCAAUGUCUAUUCCCUCGCGGGCCUGGCACCGCACAUUACUCUAAACCCAAUAAUUCCGUUGUUUCAGGCCCACCCACAGUUGAAGCAGUGCAUGCGCCAAGCAAUUGAACGUGCCAUCCAGGAGCUUGUCCAUCCUGUGGUGGAUUGAUCAAUUAAGAUUGCCAUGACUACUUCUGAGCAAAUAGUCAGGAAAGAUUUUGCCCUGGGUUCUGAGGAAUCUCGAAUGCGAACAGCAGCUCAUCCCAUGAUGUGUAACUUGACAGCUGGAAUGGCUAUGAUUACUUGCAGGGAACCUUUACUCAUGAGCAUAUCUACCAACCUGAAAAACAGUUUUGCCUCAGCCCUUCUUACUGCAUCCCCACAACAAAGGGAAAUGAUGGAUCAGGCAGCUUCUCAGUUAGCUCAGGACAAUUGUGAAUUAGCUUGCUGUUUUAUUCAGAAGCCUGCAGUAGAAAAAGCAGGCCCUGAGAUGGACAAGAGAAUAGCAACUGAAUUGGAGCUGAGGAAAAAUGCUAGGCAAGAAGGGCACAGGUACUGCGAUCCUGUUGUGUUAACAUACCAAGCUGAGAGGAUGCCAGAGCAAAUCAGGCUGAAAGUUGGUGGGGUGCACCCAAAGCAAUUGGCUGUUUAUGAAGAGUUUACACGCAAUGUGCCUGGCUGCUUGCCUACAGAUGAUUUAAGUCAGCCCACAGGAUUUUUAGCUCAGCCCAUGAAGCAAGCUUGGGCAACAGAUGAUGUAGCUCAGAUUUAUGACAAGUGCAUUACAGAACUGGAGCAGCACCUUCACAGCAUCCCACCAGCUUUGGCCAUGAACCCUCAAGCUCAGGCUCUUAGAAGUCUUUUGGAGGUUUUAGUAUUAUCUCGAAACUCUCGGUAUGCCAUAGCUGCUCUUGGAUUGCUGCAGAAGGCUGUAGAGGGCUUACUAGAUGCCACCAGUGGUGCUGAUGCCCACCUUCUACUUUGCUAUCCUCUUUUUUAA